GCAGAAGGCGAGGAGGAACAACACUUCUGUUGUAAUAUAUAUUGCACCCUUCAGGAUGGACUUUUGUCCUGCUGGGUCAACUGAUCUGAGUGAGGCUGAAAAGGCUGAAAUAGAGACAAUCAGGCAGCACAGGCAGGAGCUUUUGGAGGACAUUAAGAAGCUGAAGCAAGAGAUUGCUGAAGUGUUUGCAGAGAUUGAGUGCUUCCAAAAUGCAAAGAAGAUGCAAGAGGCAGAAAAUAAUCCUGGAGAGCAGACCAGCAAGCUAGUAGAGAGGGACAAAAUUCUGUCCCUGGGACGGAAAAAAUUCAACAUGGACCCUGCAAAGGGCAUCCAGUACCUGAUUGAGCACCAGGUAUUGUCCUCAGACCUACAGGAAAUAGCCAAAUUCCUUCACAAGGGUGAAGGCCUGAACAAGACAGCCAUUGGGGAUUACCUGGGUGGAAGGGACCCUACAAACAUUCAGAUCCUCCAAGCUUUUGUGGCAUGUCAUCAGUUUGCCAACCUCAACCUAGUGCAGGCACUGAGACAGUUCCUAUGGAGCUUCCGGCUGCCUGGGGAGGCGCAGAAGAUUGACCGCAUGAUGGAGGCCUUUGCCAACUGGUACUGCAAGUGCAACCCAGGAGUGUUCCACUCCACAGAUACCUGUUAUAUACUCUCCUUCUCUAUCAUCAUGCUUAACACCAGCUUACACAACCCCAAUGUGAAAGACAAACCCCCCUUUGAAAGGUUUGUAUCGAUCAACAGAGGCAUUGACAAUGGAGGGGACCUGCCAGAAGAGCUCUUGAAGAAUCUGUUUGAGAGCAUCAAGAACGAACCAUUCUCUAUACCAGAGGACGAUGGGAAUGACCUCACACAUACUUUCUUCAACCCUAACCGUGAGGGCUGGCUCCUGAAACUGGGAGGACGUGUGAAAACCUGGAAACGCCGUUGGUUCAUUCUGACUGAUAACUGCCUGUAUUACUUCGAAUAUACCACGGACAAAGAGCCUCUGGGCAUUAUCCCCCUGGAGAACCUAUCCGUACGCAAGGUGGAUGAUCCCAAAAAGCCAAACUGCUUUGAGCUCUUCAACCCCAACUGUAAAGGGCAGAAGAUCAAAGCCUGCAAAACGGAUGGAGAUGGGAAGGUGGUUGAAGGCAAGCAUCAGUCCUACAAGAUCUCAGCAUCGACUCCAGCAGAACGUGAUGAGUGGAUUGAGGCAAUAAGGACCAGCAUCACACAGGAUCCUUUCUAUGAUCUGGUCUCUGCCCGUAAGAAAAAGAUUGCCAGCAAAAAUUGAGCCCUGUCUUGAUCAUUGGCAGCAGGAAGAUGUAGUUGUUGGACAGCUUCCCUCCUGUGCUGGGCUCUUCCAGUGAAGAAAUUUGGGAGUAUUGGUUCCCUCUGCCUCCCACUUGGCAGGAAGAUCAAUGACAGGACAUCGUGCCAGAUUUGCUUCUUCCCAUUCCAAACUGAAGGCAGAGGCACAGGGUGCCAUCCACUGAGGACUUAAGAACCAUGGGCAUGGUGUUUCCUGGGUCCAAGUGUAAGGGCUCAACAGCACCUGGCCUUUAGGUUCUCCCAGAAAGCCCCAGGAUCUGAGAGGAGGCAAGAAUCUUUCCAGAAUGGCUCCAGCCUGGCUAUUUUUUGUUCUUUUCAGGAACCACAGAGAUGCUCUCAGAUGCAUGGUCCAGUAGCUGCAUUACUGAAAAGCCCCAGU